AUGGUUGAUCUAUGGUUUCAAGCUUGCGACCCGUGGUUCAAUGGGUUGUGUCGGAUAAACGUUUUCCGACGGUUGCCCGAAAAGCUGACUGACCUUCUGGAGAAGGUCAGUCAAUCCCGUGAUGACGUCUCAAAGAAGCCAGAAAUCGCGGGUCGCCCCGAGAAGCGACCUCCCAACCACGUCGUCUCCUGCCCUUUUGCUUACCUUCUUUUAUGCAUGGAUCAAAGCGAAGAGCAAGAGGAACAUGCCGCUGACUUCAUUGCACCUCGAACUGCUUAUCGAGAUUGUCUCCCAGGUAUUCCCCAGCGCUCCUGCGGGAAGAAUGAUAGGUUGACCGUCCUGACGCGGCUGCCGCAGGUUACAGAGAAAGGUGACUUGAAGAGCCUGUGCGAGGUUUCUAUGUUGUUCACUGGAAUCUCGAUUAUUCUGACACCGAUGAUGAUCUCCAAAUGA